UUGAACCGCGGACGAGCCCAGCUGCUUGAACAAGCUGCGGCGUUUGCAUAAAGGGCGCGUGGGCGUGGUGGGCGUGGGCCUGCGUGGGCGUGGGAUUAUGUCUGGCAUCGCCUCAUGCACGAUCCCGAGCGCCAGGGCGUGGGCGCUCAGUGUGCAGCCAAUCCAACCCUUCCUGUAAACACUUCAGUUCACAAGUCCUCUGCCAAAAUGGCGAAUCCGGAGACAGCAGCAGUCGCAAUCAACGUGCUCAAUAAGGUCAUCCGCUAUGCUGUGGGACUAGGAGUGGGCGCGAGCAUCCUCCAAACAUCCCUCUACAAUGUGGAUGGCGGUGAGCGCGCCAUUAUUUUCGACCGUUUCCGUGGAGUUCUGGAUGAGCCGGUUGGCGAGGGGACGCACUUCCGGGUCCCCUGGGUCCAGCAGCCAAACAUCAUGGACAUCCGCACGCGGCCGCGCAGCAUCAGCUCGGUGACUGGUACCAAGGAUCUCCAAAUGGUGAAUAUGUCGCUGCGAAUCCUUAGCAAGCCGGACGAGCCGCGGCUGCCGCACAUCUUCAAGACCCUGGGCAUGGACUGGGAGGAGCGCGUGCUGCCGUCCAUCGGCAAUGAGGUGGUGAAGGCGGUGGUGGCGCAGUACAACGCGGAGCAGCUCAUCACGCAGCGUGAGAGGGUGUCUCGGUCGGUGCGCGAGUCGUUGAUGGCGCGCGCGGCGGACUUCGGCAUCGUGCUGGACGACGUGGCCAUCACGCACCUGUCCUUUGGCACGGAGUUCACCCGCGCCGUCGAGGCGAAGCAGGUUGCGGAGCAGGACGCGGAGCGCGCCAAGUUUGUGGUGAUGAAGGCGGAGCAGGAGCGCAAUGCGGCCAUCAUCAAGGCGGAGGGUGAGAGCGAGGCGGCCAAGCUGAUCUCAGACGCCACCAAGCAGUUCGGCUACGGCCUCAUUGAGCUGCGCAAAAUCGAGGCAGCCAAGGACGUGGCUGAGACCAUGUCCAAGAGCCGCAACGUGGUGUACCUGCCCAACACCGGCAACAUGCUGAUGCAGGUUAACCCCAACCAGUAAACGGAGCUAUGGCGGAUGACGGGUAGUGUUACAGGGUGGUUCAAGCGUGUAGGGCGCGCCCGCUCUCAAUGAUGCUAGAGGUUCUUCGCCUUCUGUUGCAUGCGUGAAAGCAGCUUGUCCACAUACUGUGAAGUGGAAUGAGCAAAGAGAUGGGCAGGGACAGGUCAGUUGAGUGCUCAGAUGGCGUCAGGUGUUCAGACGGCGUAUGCGCACGUAGGGCGUGCACUGAUUGCGGAGUUGCACGAACAAGUUGUAUCGUCCCAAACGGUUCGGGUGUGAUAUGCUAUGUACUCAUGGCAGCUGGCGGGUUGCAAGCUCGCAACGACAUCGUGCCCUGUAAUGAUCAUCAGGGAUGGUCCUCACCUUCCUUGUCGCUCUAUUUAGGAUCCAGCCAGCAACCACACCCGCUACAAAUGAUGCUGCCGCAAGCUUGACUGCACUUUUGGUCUCCAUUCUUCUGAGGUGCUUUGUGUUGAGGUCUCCAGGUAGGUUUUGGUCCACGAAGCACAAAGCUGCAAAUUGAGGCCAGGGAACGGUUGCAGUUAAGCAAUAACAAAACAGCAUUAUCAUUCGAUGGUCGU